AUGUCUGCUAUUCGUGUGGCCGCGCGCCGCCUGCCUCGUGCAACCAGACUUCCUUCCAUUGAGUCACCGAUCCGACGAUUCGCCAGCUCAAAUGCCCCUCAGGCAAAGAAGGAGUCAGCCUUGCCUAACCCUGACCCCUCACCCGAUUCGGUCACAUCGUCCUUCAUUAAGGAACGGGCUCCGUUCAUGCUGCCGACCUAUGUUCGCCCCGCCCCCAUGAUGAUGAAGGGCCAGGGCUGCUACCUGUGGGACAUGGAGAACCGUCGCUAUUUGGAUUUGACUGCUGGAAUUGCAGUAAACUCACUUGGUCAUUGCGACCCGGAGAUCUCCCAGAUUAUUGCGGAGCAGGCCGAGACUCUCAUCCAUGCCUCAAACCUUUACCACAACCCCUGGACCGGUGCUCUGAGUCAAUUGUUGAUCAACCUGACCCGUGAGUCAGGUGCGAUGCGCGAUGCCUCGCAGGUCUUCAUUUGCAACUCGGGAACCGAGGCCAACGAGGCCGCCAUCAAGUUCGCCCGCAAGGUCGGCCGCACUAUCGAUCCCUCCGGUGACAAGCACGAGUUCGUCUCGUUCCACAACUCCUUCCACGGCCGCACAAUGGGUGCUCUGUCUGCCACUCCCAACCCUAAAUACCAGACUCCCUUCUCUCCCAUGCUCCCGGGUUUCAAGUACGGCAACUACAACGACAUCGAGCAACUGCAGACUCUUAUCACUGAUAAGACCUGUGGUGUGAUCGUCGAGCCCAUCCAGGGUGAGGGUGGCGUUAAUGUGGCCACUCCCGAGUUCCUGGUGGCUCUGCGCAAGCGUUGCGACGAGGUCGGAGCUGUCCUGAUCUUUGAUGAGAUCCAGUGCGGACUUUCCCGUACCGGUAGCCUCUGGGCUCACGCCCACCCUUCGCUGGCCCCCACCUCAGGCGAAGCUGCUCACCCUGAUAUCCUCACCUCCGCUAAGGCCCUCGGUAACGGUAUCCCUAUCGGUGCGACUAUUGUCUCUGGCAAGACUGUCGCCUCGCACAUCAAGACCGGUGACCACGGUACCACUUUUGGUGGUAACCCUCUGGCCUGCCGUGUUGCCUAUCACAUUCUCGCGCGUCUCGCUGAUCCCGAGCUCCAGGCCGGUGUCCAGGAGAAGUCGGAUUUGUUUGUUGCUGGCUUCAAGGCUCUCCAGGAGAAGUACCCCGAUGCUAUCUCGGAGAUUCGUGGCCGCGGUCUGAUCCUGGGUCUGCAACUAUCCCCAUCCGUUGGUGCCAAGGCCGGUGAUAUCAUUACUGCUGCCCGUGAGCGCGGCAUGUUGAUUAUCACUGCUGGAGAUGGCUGCCUCCGCUUUGUUCCUGCUUUGAACAUCACUGCUGACCAGAUCAAGUCUGGUUUGAACAUUCUGGAGCAGUCAUUGGAGGCCGUCAUCAAGUCCUAA